AUAAACAUGCGCGCCGCCCGCCGCCUACUUCGCUCUCGCUCUAGGCAAGGCCCUAUAUGCUCUAGGAUUUGCUCCGUUGGUGCAGAAGGGGGAGGACUCGCUGGGGGUGGUCUGGUAUAUUCUGGAUCUUGCACUUUGUGUCAAGCCAUGCUGCGUCUGCUGGGCGCCUCGGCCGGCCGGCUGCUCUCCGCCGAGGCCACCGCCUCCGGACAGACGGCGCGCGCCAUCGGCUCCUACGUGAUCCCCGAGCGGCUGGCGACGAUCCCCGACCAGGCGGACCCGGAGUUUUUCGAGAUGGUGGAGUACUUUUUCCACCGCGGCUGCCAGCUGGUGGAGCCGCACCUGGUCGACACGAUGCGCUCGCGGGCGCCGCGCGACGACAAGGCCAAGAAGGUGCGCGGCAUCCUGCAGAUGAUGGAGCCCUGCCACCACGUCAUCGAGAUCUGCUUCCCGCUGAAAAAGGACGACGGCAGCUUCGAGAUGAUCACCGGCUACCGGUCGCAGCACUCGCAGCACCGGGUGCCCACCAAGGGAGGUAUCCGGUACUCGAUGGACGUCUGUACGGACGAGGUCAAGGCCCUCUCCGCGCUGAUGACCUUCAAGUGCGCCUGCGUCGACGUGCCCUUCGGCGGCGCCAAGGCCGGUAUUCGUAUCGACCCGUUCAAAUACUCUGAGCAUGAGCUGGAGAAGAUCACCCGCCGGUUCACGCUGGAGCUGGCCAAGAAGGGCUUCAUCGGGCCGGGUAUUGACGUGCCGGCGCCCGACAUGGGAACCGGAGAGCGGGAGAUGGCCUGGAUCGCCGACACGUACGCCAAGACCAUCGGUCAUCUGGACAUUAACGCGCACGCGUGUGUGACCGGCAAGCCGAUCAACCAGGGCGGCAUCCACGGCCGCGUCUCGGCCACAGGCCGCGGUGUGUUCCACGGUCUGGAGAACUUUAUCAUGGAGGCCAACUACAUGUCGAUGAUCGGCCACACGCCCGGCUGGGGCGGCAAGACGUUCAUCAUUCAGGGUUUCGGUAACGUGGGUCUGCACACGAUGCGCUACCUGCACCGGGCCGGUGCCACCUGUAUCGGUAUAAAGGAGGUAGACGGCUCCAUCUACAACCCGGACGGCAUGGACCCCAAGGAGCUGGAGGACUGGAAGCUGGAGCACGGCACCAUCAACAACUUCCCGGGCGCGCAGGCGUACACGGGCGAGGACCUGCUGCUCGAGAAGUGCGACAUCCUCGUGCCGGCCGCCGUCGAGAAGGCCAUCCACAGCGGAAACGCCAGCAAAGUGCAGGCCAAGAUCAUCGGCGAGGCGGCCAACGGACCCAUCACUCCGGCGGCCGACAAAAUUCUGCAGGAGAACGGCGUGCUGGUCAUCCCCGACCUUUACCUCAACGCCGGUGGUGUGACAGUGUCGUACUUCGAGUGGCUCAAGAACCUGAACCACGUCAGCUACGGCCGGCUGACGUUCAAAUAUGAGAAGGACUCGAACCACCACCUGCUCGACUCUGUCCAGGAGUCUCUCGAGCACUACUUCUCUCGGAACCAGUCAGAGUCCGUCCAGGAGUCUCUGGAGCGACGGUUCGGCAGGGUCGGAGGCAAAAUCCCCAUCACGCCGUCGUCAUCCUUCCAGAAGCGGAUCGCGGGUGCCUCGGAGAAGGACAUUGUCCACUCGGGCCUGGACUACACCAUGGAGCGCUCGGCGCGGGCCAUCAUGAGCACGGCGUCCAAGUACAACCUGGGCCUGGACCUGCGCACGGCCGCCUACAUCAACUCCAUCCAGAAAAUAUUCACCACCUACGCAGAGGCCGGCUUCACCUUCACGUAAACGGGCGGCCGGCUCCUACCACAGGUGCUGAUCUGCCGCGGCCGCCGGCUCCUACCGCAGGUGCUGAUCUGCCGCGGCGGCCGGCUCCUACCGUUGGUGCUGAUCUGUCUCGGCGGCCGGCUGCUGUCCGAGCGCCGGUGCCAGUCUGUGCGGUGUGUGAGUGUGGGCGCCCGUCGCCGGCGCCGUCAGUAUUGUUUCUGUUUCAUUGACAUGGCGUGAUGAGAUUUCCAUCUUCACCUGGCUCUGGAGGGAGGCCGCCGCACUGGGCGGUGUCGGAGAAUAACCAAUACAUGCACCGUCACAGGUUA